UUGAACAAUGGCCACAUGUGUACUCUGAAAUGAAAUACAAAUGCACACACAAAACACACACAUUUUGAACCAUCACCAUUUUCUCAGCUGAGAUCCAGUUUCUCCACCCAAAUUCAGGUCGGAAAACAUGGCCACCGUCACCACCCAACCCUCCGUCGCCGUUUUCCGGCCAUGCAACUCCAAGUCCAGGUUCCUGAGUGGAUCUUCUGGUAAAUUAAACAGAGUAUUUUCAAUUAAACCGGCAACUUCUUCGUCGUCCGGUUCAUUCAAGGUUGAGGCCAAGAAAGGCGAAUGGUUGCCAGGUUUGCCCUCGCCGGCAUACCUCAAUGGCAGCCUUCCUGGUGACAAUGGGUUCGAUCCUCUGGCGCUUGCAGAGGACCCUGAAAACUUGAGAUGGUAUGUCCAAGCGGAGCUUGUGAAUGGUCGUUGGGCCAUGUUAGGUGUUACCGGAAUGCUACUGCCGGAAGUCUUAACUAAAAUAGGAAUAAUCAACGCUCCGCAAUGGUAUGAUGCUGGUAAAGCCGAGUACUUCGCGUCAUCGUCAACCCUCUUCGUCAUCGAGUUCAUCUUGUUCCACUAUGUCGAGAUCAGGCGGUGGCAGGACAUCAAGAACCCUGGAUGUGUCAACCAGGACCCCAUCUUCAAGAGCUACAGCUUGGCCCCGCAUGAGUGUGGCUACCCCGGCGGCAUCUUCAACCCCCUCAAUUUCGCCCCCACCCUCGAGGCCAAGGAGAAGGAGCUUGCCAAUGGGAGAUUGGCAAUGCUGGCAUUCCUGGGGUUCGUGAUUCAGCACAAUGUGACAGGAAAAGGGCCAUUUGAGAACCUGGUGCAGCACGUCACUGACCCAUGGCACAACACGAUUGUCCAGACUCUCAGUGGUGGCUUCUAAGUCCCACUGCAAAAUUAAAUGCUGUGUCUUGUUUCAGUUAUUUCUGUAACCAUGAAUGAGUGAAGGAAGGGUUUUGGGUGGGAUAUGAGCUUUCAAUGUAAGCAAGGGACCUUUAAUGUACAGGGGGAUCUGAGAUGGAAUUACUUUUAUCAUUUCAUGUUA